CCCAACCGAAGCGAGGCGUUGAUAAGCUCCAUUUGUAUUGGUACAUUCACAUAAUUGUACCGGAAUUUCAGAAUACCGCAGUUGUGGUGGUUAUUAUAUAGAUUUGUGUGUUAUUUCUUAAAUCAAAACUUGGCACAUAAAAGUUAGUUUUUUGAAACAAGAGCAGAUUACACUGCACUAGAAUCUUAACUUCUUCUUUCCGGAAAUAUUUAUCACGUGACCUUAGUCUCGAGAAUCUUCACUUGCUGACUGUGGCCUUCUCGCAACCACCCAAGGAACAUUUUAACUUUAUCAACGUUUGAACCUUUGUACGAAGUAAACAGUAAAAGAUACAGUAAAAUGUAUUUAGUCUAGAAUUAUUUUAGAUAAGGUUUUUGGGGAAUCUGUGGAGUUGAGCAAGCUAAUGUUAGACUAGCUACCCAGCUAGCCUAACUGUUGACAACAGUUCUAGCCAAUGUUAGAGCUACUGUAGCCACUCACGAAACUAGAUAGUGCUGCUAGGCUGGCUAAUUGUUUAAAACGAAGGACUUUUUAUGCAUGUUUAAUUGAAUAAAUAGCUUAAAACAACUAGCUCAGCUUUUCAAAACAUUUCUUAGCUAGCAACGGACGGCGAAGAAACCCCAAAAUGGCUUUGGCUGAUGAUUUGAAGAGAUACCUGUACAAACAGUUACCAAGUGUGGAAGGUCUUCAUGCAAUAGUGGUGACAGACAGGGACGGUGUCCCAGUUAUUAAAGUUGCAAAUGACAACGCUCCCGAAUAUGCACUCCGGCCCGGGUUUCUCUCCACAUUUGCCCUGGCCACUGAUCAGGGUAGCAAGCUGGGCCUAUCCAAAAACAAGAGCAUCAUCUGCUACUACAGCACAUAUCAGAUUGUGCAGUUCAAUCGACUACCACUGGUUAUCAGUUUCAUUGCAUGUAGUAGUGCCAACACAGGUUUGAUAAUCACCCUGGAGAAUGACCUUGUGCCACUCAUUGAAGAGUUGAGACAAGUAGUGGAGGUUGCUUAAGGUCACCAUUGUCAUCGCCCAUCGCAGAAUCAAGACUGGAGUACAUCAUGAAUAAUAUUCCUGAAACUCUGUUCCACACCCAGCACAAACACCCAAAAGCAAGACUGUUUAAAGAGGCUUUUCUCUCGUAACAUGCUGUAUCAUUAUUGUAGUUUAAUUUCCUUCAUCUUUUAUGAAUGAAAGAUGCUCCUCUCUUGCUAUUUUAGAUUAAUAAAUGUUGUGAUUAUACUUGUGUAUUCAUUCAAACAAUAUUCAGAAAACAGAAAUGUCAUCAUUUAAUUAUUGUAUUAAAAUAAUAACACAGCCAAGUACUAAGACGAAAUGUAUUCAGCCAAGUGCCCUACAGAAAGCAAGGUUACUUAGAAACCGUAAAAUAUCAAAUU